CAGCUUCACCUACAGCUAUCAUAAAUUAGAGGCGGAGAGAGGUCGUACAAGAUCACCUGAGCUACCCAAUCUAGCUAUUUUCAAGACGAUGCGAUCGAUAUAGCCCGCAAACGUCAAGCUCAACAUGACCUCGGACGCAGACAGGCCGUCGUUUGUCCCACCUCUCGGUGAUCACCUCGACAGCCGGAUAGAAAGGCCAAAUUCAAGCCAAGGACGACUGUCUCAGCUCAUAACAGGAAGAGCUAGUCGGUCGAGAGCGUCAUCCAUCUCAUCCGAGGCAGUCAAGGCGGAAGUGACUGGGACGACUACGCUCUCGCAAGGAGAUGGGCAUGUUUCCAGGCGUACAAAGGGUGGUCGAGCCGCAUCGCUGGCUCUGUUACAGAGUGACCCUCGAUACAAACGUUACGCUCAAACGAUAGAGAGAGCUUUAGCGACAUUCGACUCGGUAGCCGAAUGGGCCGACUUCAUUUCCUUCCUCUCCCGGCUUCACAAAGCUCUCCUCUCCACCACCCCUCAAUACACAGAGAUUCCGUACAAGAUCCAGAUCGCCAAACGGCUCGCUCAGGGUCUCAAUCCUGCUCUGCCAAGCGGGGUUCAUCAAAGGACACUCGAGGUCUACAGGGAGAUAUUCAAAAUUCUGGGGGAAGAUGGAUUCCGCCAAGACUUGGCCACCUGGUCUUCCGGCUUCUUUCCCUUCUUCCAAUACGCCUCUACCGCAGUCCGGCCGACCGUACUGGACAUAUACGAGACGUUCUACGUACCUCUCGGUCGGUCACUCCGCUCAGCCAGCAAAGCUCUCGCUCUGGCUCUCUUACCCGGUCUGGAGGAAGAGACGGGGGACCACUUCGAACGGGUACUCAAACUCGUGGACAAGAUCUCGGAGUCGGUCGAUGAUGCUUAUUUCCUGCAAUGCGUGUUCGUCGUCAUGAUCACCAAUCCCGGAUCUCGGACAUCAGCGGUCAACUACCUUGCCAGGCGAUUGCCUUCUCGGCUGAAGCAGCACCUGAAAUCUCUCGGAACCGGCCUGCUGAACCCUGAUCUCGUUACGACUGCAUCCCUGCAACCUCUCUUAUCGGAGGUCAUCGGUCCUGACGGUGGUCUCCUCAUCAGAGCCCUCGCAGCUGGGCUGGAAGACGACUCGCUGCUCGUCCGCCGUGGAACGCUCGACCUCCUGAACUCCUGCCUACCUUUACCCUCCUUGCUCAGUUUCGCCGACUUCUCCCCGACGGACAAGAAGAUCCUGAUCAAGUCGGCUUGUGGGAUCGUACUCAGACGAGAUCUCAGCUUGAAUAAGCGGAUGUAUGGGUGGUUCUUGGGGAACGAGGAGGAGUCGGAGAAGCAGAUGGAUCGGUUCAGGUCGGUUGGGCUGGAUCUCGUUCGGGAUGCAUUGCUAGAGGAUAUGAAGGACAUCACGAAUAACACGCUCGACUCUGCCCGACCAUUCCGGAUCUUCGUAUCGCUGCUCGAUCGUUGGGAAGUGGGAUAUCCCUUAUCGAUGGCCCUUGUCUAUGAUGCCUUGAAUGUCGCCAUGCAAGUGGAUCAGAACGGCAGUGUUGAAGAGGUCGUCAAGGAAAACGCAAGGAUGGCUGCGCGAGCGGUUUAUGAGGGAGUCGAGCCUUACGUCUUCUGGUCUAUCAUAUACGGGAAGCUUCAGGUAACAGAGGGAUAUCGCGAAGCAGAUGUCACAUCCGCUCUCAACAUCACUAUUUGGGUUCUCAACACGUUCCGGAUACAAGAUGAAGAAGUCACGCGGGUCCAUUUGCCUUUGAUCUUGUAUCUCUUCGUGACUGAUCAUGAGAGGCUCGUCCGAGCCGAGCCGGACUUGUUGAUGGUUACAUCGCGAGCGAUCUUCAAGGCCCUGCCAUGGGGAAGCAUGACUGCUACUAAAGCGAACGACCAGGAUAACACGGCCAUCACAACGGCAGCUAAGGAUUACUACACCGUCGAUUCGCGCUUUCGACCCCCAGACGUGCAACGUGCUACGGGACCGUCCGCCCAGACCCUGAUUCAAGGGAACUUCACAAAGUGGACGGAAUCGCAACCUACUCCUGUUGCAUUGGCGAAGCAUUGCGGAUUGCUUGCCGACAUCAUCAUCGCUGGCGGGAACGUGACCGACGGCUUGAGCGUCCGAUGGGAACCGGAUACUUUUCUUCAGCGGAUGGUUAACGGUAUAGCGCAAACACACGACUUUGAGGAAACCGCCGCCUUUGCACAGCUGGUGCUGCACAUCGGCGCUGCUUCUUGGCUGAAGCCUGCUCUCCGACUCGGGGAUGCUGGAAUCACGCCGGAUGUCGUACAGUCGUUGUUUCGCUUCAUGCGACCCCAGCAUCUUUAUCAAAAUAAAGAAGCCUCGGCCUUGUUGUGGAGAGUGGCAGACGGUUCUUCUCCUGCUGUUCUCCGACAGACCGUCAUGCGAUCCCUAGUCAAUGAUGUUUCGAGAGGAGAUGCGGUGCAAGCGUUCAGUCGCCUUUGGACGCUAACAGAGGAUCCCUUGAAGCAGGAGGAAGCGUUCCAUCUUCCACUGUUCUACAUCCUAGAUGGCUUACAGUCUGAGGACAUCGUAUUGAAAAGGCUCGCUCAAGGAUGGAUGCGAUGCGAGCUGGGCCUUUACAUCAGAAUGUUAGACGUGAUCACUAUUCGUCUUGGGAUGCUACUACCAGUGACCAAACGUACCAGCAUCGAUAUAGCGGAUUGCGAAUUCAACGUCGAUUACCUGGGCAAGCGCGGCGAUCUCAAACAGAUCGCUUACGUCCUUGAGAAAAUGUCAGAAGUAUUGGAUCACGGAGGACAGCUAUUGGCGAACCACUUGGCGAGUUCGGCAGUCCCAGCUCGUGCAAGGAAUACAUAUGUUAUGAGCGAACUGCAGCAAGAACCGACCUACCGCGACUUUGCAUGUCAAGUUGCUCUCAGAAUGUUGUUUCUGUGGGAAACGGCCGCUGGUUUUCCCACUUCGGCUGUGGAACGGCCUCUACAUCUCGCGGCUAUCGCUCUCCUUGGCACUCUGAUAUCGCACGGCGACUGGACAACCUCGGAAUUGGCAAGCCUCGAGAACGCAAUCCUUCCGAGACUGCUGUCAUGUGUACAUGGCCGCGAUCUGGAUCUUCAGACGUCGAUCUUGGCCGUUCUCAAGAACUUGAUAAUGAAGCAGAAUGCCGAUAGGAGCCAUAUGACUUCGCCUCUGAUCGGUUCGACAAGAUCGCACAACCGCACGCGUUCAAAUAUUCCAGCUCAGAUCGAGCUCUCGCAAACUCAGCCGGACAACGCUUAUCUGCUACAGACUAUCCUCGCUGGCAUUGGCUUGACCUCAAACCGACCCAUCUUGGCCGACUGGCUCGACUUCAUCCUCAGUAUCUCGGCAGGUCUCUCGAGCAAUGUCAUGCCGAUUCUCUAUCCUAUCUCUGACGCCCUUUGUUUGCAAAUCGAGGAACGGCUAUAUAGCGCAAAUGCGUCAUUAGAAGACGGAAUGAGCAAUGGAUCUGGUGCUGAAUCAGAGAUACCUCUACUUCUGCAAGCUGCCGAGUUGAUCGUCAGGGGGAUACUUCCCACAAGCAGUUCCGGCGACACACCUGCUCCAGCCAACGGCUUCCCGGAACCAGCCGGAUUGUUCGGAUACGUGUCGACUGUCUUGACAGGGGACGGCAGUACAGCUAGGACGACAAGAGAGGCCGCGUCUAUGGGGUCAAACCAGACUAUGAGAGGAGUGGUCAGCGCAGCCAUCAACACGUUCGCUACGUUCUACGAUACGCGAGAUCUGCGACAGGCUGCCGGUCAGGACUUGGUCGCGGCCGCAAAGGCCUGUCUGUUACGGCUAUAUUCGCGGAGACCAAAUGAGACGAUCGAAGCCAUGAUAGAGGCUUCGGUCAACGAUGAUCACCUGAAAAUCGAACCCAAAGCACUCCUGGUUAUUCUGGAUUCGCUCACUUCAAGCUCUCACAAAUUGGUUUCGCUAUUAUGCGAUAUGCUCUCCCCCCUGUUCUCCGACGCCGAACGGACGAAAACGGCCAGUGGUAUCAGCCGUCCACCGAAGAUACUGGCGGUUUUGGACGCCUACUUCGCUGGAGUUGAAGCACCGGUCGCCAUUGAUGUGCUGCCGGCCGUGAUGUCCCUGGUUCGAACAGCCAAUGCGUCCACCGCCAGCUUGGCCAAAAAGCAAUUCUCUUUGCCUUUACUGGAAUCCUACUUUGCCCUGAUGCGCAAGAUAGCGCAAACUUCAGCUUUUAAUGAUCGCAGGCUGAAAAAAGACGCCUUAGACUCUCUCAUCCGGCUUGCAGAAACUGCAGUGAACGUCAACGCUGUUGAACCGCGGGACGUUCCACCGCGAUCUCCAGGACUCGGACAGAAAGGGCAGGCUAGCAUAGAGCCACACGUACAGGCGUCAGAUGCUUUGCUACGCUUCUUACGCAAAGAUUUCGUGCCUCAUCUGCGAGAGGUUUUGGACGAGGACGAAAGGGUCAUCCAGAUCACCGCUGUGAUCGGGCAUACGGUCAUCAGCCCUGUAGCCAAACAACGAGCCAGAACUGGAUUGAGCACCGAUGUCGAGUUCCUGUCCAUGCUUGAAGCGAUCGCGCACAUCCCGCAAGCCAGCAAGAGUUGGAAACCAUACGUGCAAGACGUCUUCAAUGAUCCCGGAAUCUUUGACCUGAAGGAAGGAGGCGCCCGGAUUCUAUGGAGAAAGCUGUUCGCAUUAUGGCUAAGCGGCGAGAAAGAAAGGCUACUCGACCUCUUUGAGCGUGCGCUCGUUGUGACCUCGGCAGCUAAUCUGUUCAUCAACCGAGAGCAAGAAACGCAGCAACGAGCAGCCACUAUUCGCCGGAUAUCGCUGUGCCUUUUUGUGUGCGAGAAGAAUCACUAUGUUAUCCAGCUUCCCAAUAUACAAGCCCGCCUGGUGGACCUAUCGAGGGGCUUUGCGUCAAGUCCCGUGGUUAUAUCAGAGAUGUACCUUUGUUUGAGAGUGACCAUGUGCAGGUUUGGAUCGCAACAUCUAACCGGUAUCCUGCCAAUUGUCCUGUCCGAAUUGAUACGGAGUUUCGAGGAUAUACUGGAGGAACUACCUGCCGAUAACGCAAUCAACCUCAAGACGAGCCUCGCCACUUGUAAACUGCUGGACUUGAUGCUCGCGUUGAGUAUGGAGGAGUUCCAAAUGCAUCAAUGGCUCUUCGUCAAGGACACGACGGAUGCGCUUUAUCCAGAUCCUGGAGCCAGUAGGGAGGACACUUUGACGGAGAUGUUGUCGGAUGCCAUUGCCGCUAAGCAUCACACACAUAUGACAACACCGGCAACCGCAUUCGUACCGAUUUCCCCAUCUGGCAUUUCGGGAAGAAGACCCGCACUCGCAGAGACUCACUCUAUCGGUUCGAUGGCCAGCUUGCAACCUUUCCUCAUCGGAGCGAGUUCGAGAGCGUACGAGGGGAUGUAUCAGUCGAAGCCUGUUGAUUGGCAGUUCAUCGAGGACGCCCUGGAGGCCGAGUUGUUCAGUCGGUGAGAGAAGAUCCGGGCGGAGGCAGGGAAAGAGAGCGUAAGAGGAGGCGAUACAAGGCACAUCAGCGAAAAUGUUAUGCUUGCAAAUGUAUGUAUCAAAUGUCGCAAUGAGAUCACAUAACGAUGGUCCCUUAU